GCUGAAUGGCUUAGUGUGGGCUGAAGAACACUAAGAAGGGCAACUCCCAGCAGCCACCUUCCAAUGCACUAAAUGUACAAAGUUUUGCUGUGAUAAGAUGCUGAUAGAUCCCAUGGUGCUGAAGAAGAAGCUAAAUAAGAUGGCAACAGAACCAGGGGCUUUUGCUGUCCUCAGCAGCCUGCUGCUUUACAUCACAGACCUCGCGGCCUGCGACCCACAGAUGCCGAGGAAGAAGGCAAAGUGGGCAGAAGGCAAAGAAAACAAGAUGAAUUGUAAUCCUGCAUGCCAACGUGCAAACAUCAAGCGCCCCACAAGAUUCCAGCUUUUGCAGUCCAAGUUCAUGAACAACAAUCGUGAGCCGUAUAUAAAGAAGACAAGAGAAGUUGGCAAACUGAUCAUUAAAGAAAAGCAGUGGGUGAACAGGAGCUGUCUAAAUGCCACGGUUAAUAAAUUAGAUAGAAAUAAGGAGAAAAAAGGAAGUAGUGCAGCACCAGAUGAGAACGAAAAGGUCAUUCCUAAUGAGAGGGGCAAGUGGAAUAGCGUGAUUGGGAAAAAUACAGUGAAAAACAUUCUGAAGAAAUUUUUAGCUGCCGAGGAGAAAGCAGCUAAGGAGAAAACUUCUGUCGGGAAAAAGAAAGAGACAAAUAGCAAUUUGCCAAAAAUAAUUGGCAAGAAUUCUGUUCUGUCCAAACUGAAGGAAAAGUUUGAACAAGCUGGUUCUGUUUGUUCACCCCCUGAGGUAAAGAAACUGUUGUCACACAAAGGUGAGAAAAAUAAUACAAAGGUCCCAAACAGACAACCUGUUCACAAAGCAGAGGUAAGAGAACUACACACUGUGGUAGUGACAGCUACGGCACUAAAUAACCAUCACUCCCAGAAUUUAGUGUGCACAACUGCUCCAAUGCCUAGAUUCAGUGUUGUGACUGAAAUUAGCCAUCCCUGGAGCUGGAUGACAAACAACACUGAUAGUAAUCAGCCUUUUGAUCAUGGCACUCAAAUAGGAGAGAGAAGUGACUCUGACAACACACAUGAUAUUAAGCCUGGUAAGAAUGAAAUGCCAGAAAAUAUGGCACAAGGCAGAGAGUACAAAGGACAGAUACGCAAUGUGCAAUGUGCAAUGCCCAAGGUCAUGACUGACGAGAAGGAUGGUGUUGAGACUAAAAUAGAUUCCACAAACCACGGAACUGAUUUUCUUCCUAAUUUAGACAGCUCUUCUACUUUCUGUAAAAAUAAAGCCCUCACAGGCUGCAUUCCGACCUUAUCUAAGGCCAGCCAACACCACAAGGGGAAUAGCACAUUAGCAGGAUUUGAUAUAUCUGCAUCUGGGGAUAAUAAAGCUGUUCAAAAUGUUAGUAAAGACAAUCCAUCUACCAACUUGUCUUAUUCUGAUAUAGCUGAAGGACCUAGUGCACACAGUCGCCAGGCUAUUAAAGGGGUUGAGAAUCCUAAAAUACCAGUGAGUGUAUGCAGUCCAAAGGAGACAGAAGUGGAGUUCUCAGAGUCAGAAAAAGAUCCUAUCUUGGCAAGCCAAAAAUGUUUUCCAGAGGAGAAACUAUUGGAAAAUAUUCAACUGUUUUGCUCCCCAGUAGUUCAGGCAUCUCAUAAUGUAGCACUUCCAAAUGAUGACCUGCAGUUAAUUGUUAAAAUACCUGUUACUGUCAAAAUGUCACCACUGAUGUCAAGGCAAGAAAACACACCAGAUUUUAAAGGUAAACAUUCUGCAGCAGCUGUAAAAAAAGAGAAAUUUCACUAUAAACAAGAAAUAUUUCCUAGUUCUAAAAAAAAGUAUUGCAAAGUUACCUCUAAGCAAGAAGAGGAGCCCAAGGUAAACCCAAACAAGCUGUCGGAGUGUCAAAUGCAAACUGAACAAAUAAUUCAGGAAUUACAACCACAUCAAAUGCUCAGCCCACAAAAUAACAUUGAUAAUUUCAGCGCUAAUGUAUCAAAUCCGACUGUGAAUCAGACAAACCAAGUACACUCAUUGAAUAGUUCAGAUAAGGAAAAAAACAGUACUGCAGAAGGACAGCGUAUCUGCUUUGAGUCUGAAAAAGACCAAAGUCCAUUGUCAAGUAAUUUAGAGAAGCACAGUUAUAUACCAGAAGAAAACUUUGGGAAGGACCAAUUAUCCUCAUCACUUGAAACGGCAAGUCAUGAAAACAAUACUGCUAGGGAAAGGAAUACCUUGUGUCACUUGAAGACUUAUCAAAUGCCAUCAAAGUACUCAAUGAAGCAUGGAAGUGACAUUGCAGAUGAGAAUCCGUGGCCUAAUUCUGAGACGUGUCAGUCAUUUUCAUCAAAUUAUUUAACAAAGCACAAAAACAAUGCUGCAGAACAAAGAAUGUGGCAUGCUAUUGAAAAGCCCCAGUGCCCAUCAUCAAAAGAUUUGGUGAAAGAUGAAAACUAUAUUGUAGAAGAUAAGAAGGCUUGUCAUAAUUCAGAUAAGUACCAUUUACCUUCUUCAAAUGAAUCAGUAAAGCAUGAAGAUGAUAUUAGAGCAAAGAAUGUUAUGAAUAACUGUGAGAAUUACCAGACAUCACCAUCAUCAAGUGAUGUCACAAAUCAAGAAAAUAAUACAGCCAAAGAGAAGAAUAUCCAUCAUAUUUCUGAGAAGAAUCAGUUACUUUCACCAAAAGAACUGGGGAAGCAUGAAAAUAAUACUGUAGAAGAAAUGAAUAACUUAGAGAAAUCCCAGUUACCCUCAUCAAAUGCAUUGGUGAUGUCUAAAAACAAUACCACAGUAAGCAAAAGCCCCUUUAAGCAAAAGCAAAAGUACCAACUACCCACUCCAAAUGAAUCAGGGGAGCAUGAAAAGAAUACUGCAGUAAAGACAAAACCCUGGUCUAAUUUGAAGCAGGACCAAUUGCCAACUUCAUAUGAUACUCUGAAUUAUGAAAAUGAUAUAAGUCAUGAGAACUCUGAGAAAAACCAGUUUCCCUCAUCAAAUGAAAUGGUGAUGCAUGAAAAUAAUAGUGCAAGUCAGAGACAUAACUUACAUAAACAUGAAGAGGAUCAAAUACUGUCAUCAGAUUAUGGGUUGAAUCAUGAAAAUGAUACAAUGGAAGAAAAGAAUGCUACUGCAGCAGGGAGCAAUACCUUGUGUAAUUCGGAGAUGUGCCUUAUGCCAGCAUGGGGUGAUGUUAUGAAACAUGGAGAUAAUAAUGCAAAAGAGAAGAAUUCUUAUAGUUUUGAGACAUGCCAAUUACCUUCUUCAAAGAAUAAAAUUAACACUCCAGGAAUGAGAAAUACCUUGUGUAACAUCAAAUACCAAAUGCCAUCAAGAGAUGUAGUGGAAUGUGAAUAUGAUACAACAGAAGAUGAAAACACCUAUUGUAACACUAAGAAAUGCCAACUGUCCUCAUCCAAUAAAUCAGUGAAAGGUGAAAAUAAUGCUGCAGUGGCAAGAAAUGUCGAGAGUAACUUUAAGAAUUGUCAAGAGCCAUCCUCAAGGAGUACCAGGAAGCAUGAAAGCAAGACUGUCCAAGAGAGGAAUACCCAUUACCAGUUACUCUCAAGAAAUGUACCACAGAAGCAUGGAAAGAAAACUACAGUAGAGAGAGAUACCUUUUGUGACCCUAAGAAGAACAAAAAACCAUCAUCAAGUUCAUUGGGGAAGCAUGAAGAUAAUGUUACUGUAGACAAGCAACAGCAAACACCAUUGUCAGAUGAUUUUUUGAAGCAUGAAACCAAAACUGUGGAAGAGAAGAAUAAACAUCAUAGCUCUGAGAAGUACCAAUUAAUCGCACCAAAUAAAUUGGUGAAGCAUGGAAAAAAUACUGCAGCAGAGAAGAAGCAACAAAUACCAAUAGCAAAUGAUUUUAGGACACGUGAAAUUAGUACUGUGGAAAAGAAAAGUCCACAUUGCAAGGCUGAGAAAAAACAAUUACCUGCGUCAAGUAAAUCAGAGAAGCAUGAAGCUAAGAGUGGGGGAAAGAAAAACAGUUUGUGUGACUUUGAGAAGUUUCAAGCUUCAUUGCCAAGCGAUCUCAUGAAGCAUCAAAAUGAUUCAAUAUUAGAGAAAAAUACGUGGCAUAACACUGAUAACUGCCAAAAAUUACCCCUAUCAGAGGAUGUAUCCAAACAUGAUACAAAUCCUGUAGAACAGAGGAAAACCCAGCCUGGCUUUGAGAAGUACCGCAAACUAUCAUCAAAUGAUUUAGCAAAGUAUGAAAACAUUGCUUCUAAAGGGAAGGCCAGGUGGUCAAGGGCUGAUCAAACAAACGACAGAAAAGCAGAACUCCAGGACUGCACUAGAAUAAUAGCACAGGCAAAAUACAUAGCAGAAAGUUACAGUGAAGGACCCUUAAAUUCAUCCUUUAAGCCAAUGAUUAUUAGAGCAUCUGAUACAUUUAAGCAUCACACCUGAAAUAUCUCUACAGAUAAACUAAGGACCUAAAUUAUUUGUAUAAUCAGAUCUUUUUUCCUUCAAUCUUCAAGACAUUCAAUUAUCAUUUUGUAACUGCACAGAUAUUGAUGUGUAUUUGCUAGGGUAGAAUUCUUUCACUUUCUUAAACACUGGCCUGAAGAGCUCAACUAAACAAAUCACAGAAUCAUAGAAUGAUAGAAGAUUGGGGUUGGAAGAGAUUUCGUGAGGUCAUGAAGUCCAACCCUCUGCUUAAAGCAGAACCAACCCCAAUUAAAUUAUCCUAUCCAGGACUUUAUCAACCCAGGCCUUAAAAGCUUCUAAGGAUGGAGAUUCCUCGUCUCCCUCAGGAACCCAUUCUAGGGCCUCACUGCAAGUAUAUCAAUUAAUAAUCUGAUUAAUCAUCAAUUUAUCAAGUAUGAGAGAGGCUAAGAGAUCAUGAAAAAAUGUAAUCCUGCUCCAAUCUCUCUUUGAUAAUGCUGGGUUUUGUUUGUAACUAGGGUAUUUUGAAGACAAAAUGUACAUUUAUUCAUUCUAAUAAAAUGCUUCAGAGGGGUAGCCCAUGUUAGUUUGUUUCAGCAAAAACAAUGAGGAGUCUUGUGGCAGCUUAAAGACUAAUACAUUUAUUUGGGCCUAAGCUAACAUGGGCUGGAGCCCACUUCAUCAGAUGCAUGAAAAGAAACCCUCCAUUUGGCAGGGAUAUAUAUACAUGCAAAGAUGGGUAGAGCCCUGAAAAUCUGCUGAUAUCCACUUUAUAUCCCCAGCUGUGGAUAUCAACAGAUCAUUUUUACAGAUAUGGAUGCAGCUGCAGAUACAAAUUUUGUAUCUAGAACCCUGCAAAUUUGUGGAUAUCCGCUUUAUAUCCACAGGUAUACGCAUCUGUGGAUGUCAACGCAGAUGUUCCCUGUAAGCUGUGUGCUUGGACGGCCACCCAAGAAAGAUUCAAGUGCUGCCUAGAAGAUGGCUGAGCCACUCACUGCACACUUCUGGCAGCACAUGUUUCUACUGGUGGUGCCCAUUCACACAUGCCUCAGUGCAUAUAGCAAAAUGUAUUUUGCACACGGAUUAAAAAAAUUAUAGGGAACAUUGUCCAUGACUCAUUUUUGCAGAAACAGAUGUGGAUGCAGAUACAAAUUUUGUAUCUAUGGAGGGCUCUAACGAUAGGUGUGUUACAUAACUAUGCAGAGGACCAGUGCAAAUGAGGUCAAUUCAAUCAGGGUGGAUGUGGCCCAUUCCCAAGAGUUGAUGAGAAGGUGAGACUACCAAAA